UCGAUCUGCAUGGAGAUUGCCUGGUUGUAAAUAAGCCAUUCUGUUUGUUCGUGCAACUCGGGAGAAGAAAUACUGCUGUCCUAUUGAUGUUUGUUGGCAAGUUGAAGGAUAACCUACGUCUUUGGGUGAUUAUAUUUGAAGAAUGACCUCCGUAAUGAAGUCCACCGAGACAUAAGAACUACUGAUUUAGUGAAACAAAAGGAAGAAGGACUGUGAAUGCGGAUGUCUCGCAGGAUUUAUGACACAAACAGGGAUGUACCGUUCAGGUACCUUCCCAGGCCAACCUUCGACGAGUGUGCUCGCCUCCUCAAUCCAAAAACCACCAAGUACAGUUGGCAGGAAUUGGCGCAAAAACUAAAAGUCCCCCCAGAAGAUAUAUCGUUUAUUGGAUCCCCUGGCGUUACCAACGCGGAUCUACCACCAGCUGCCCUCACUCUUCAGUGGUUCCAGUACGGUGGGUUCAGAGAAAAUGGAAAGUUACCCAAGAACUACAAGGAGAAGGGUGGGACCCUGGCCAUCAUCAUUGAGAAGCUCGGAGAAUUCCCGAGAACUGAUGUCAUACAGUUGUUAGAGGAUGAGACAAUUCUCAGAGUCAUGCACGAUGAGUUCAACAAGGAUAAGGACAGGGACAGUGAUGACAAUGAACGAAAGGCACCGGUAGAAGACUCCGACCCUGUAGAUGGGUUUCUCAGGGGAACUACGGCAAACACAGACGACAAUCAAGGUGACUCGGACAAUGUGAAUAUUACGAUACACAGUGCUAAUAUUACCAUCGAUGGAACGGCACAAUUAAUAAUUAAUGUAAGCAAUGAAAAUGAUAGUGUUAGAGGACUUGCAAAUGACAAUGGGGAAACAUGGGAAAAAUGGGCUCGCCGAACUCAAGAACAGAAGGUUGUUGCCAGCAGAUUUGGUGGGAGCGACACCUCGGGUAGUGGGACCCCAUCUCCAGGAGAGUCUCCACCCUCAAACGGCGCGAGGCCAAAGGACCGAAGAGGAGGCAAAUCUAGGAGACCAUCCUGUGGGUCACCUGGACAGAGUGGCCCCAUUAACGGAAAUAAUCAUGAAUUGAGGCCAUGUCGGCAUAUGUUAGAUGCUUCGUCGCCAGACGCCUCACCGCCAAGAAACGGAGACACAAAAGAUGGAGGAGAAUUGGACUUGAAGAAAGGGUCUCUACGCCAGGAUGGACAACAAAGAUCGAACAGACAUUCCAAGUCGUUCAACCGUCAGGUUAGCAACACUUCAGUCAGCAGUUGCGAAAUGUUGCUCCCUGAAUCGCUGCCUCUCAAUGGCCCUAUCACAGACACUGACAGUGAAGCGAGCUCUCUGAACAGUGUAGAGCUUUUGGCGCUCACCGAGCAGCUACAGCCGCACACGGUACGGACCCCUCCGUGGGGUAUGAAGCAAUGCUCCUGCGUGUCAGGCAUGUGUAAACGUAAACAUGGCCCGAUGGUGGGUUCUAACCGACCUGUACAAUUGCAGACCCAAAGGAGUGAGUAUGGUACAUCGGGAACGAGAGGCAGGAACAACUCGGAGCCGAAUGUUCUCCAGAAUAUUGAUGGCCCCGUCCUCCUCCUAUGCGACACAACCUUGAUGAAACAAGAAACCUCCCGAGCUGUCUUGACUACCAUUGGCGGAGCUAUACGCAACCGCUUCAAAACAACUGAUGGCUCAGAUCCGGUCCAGUUUAGCUUGUGGGGUGCGGCGCGAUGCCGGUAUUCUAAGGAUGGGAAUAUUCGUCAGGAAAUAGCCCUGUCAUUAGAGAAGAGCGCCUUGAUUGUGAUAUUCGCCAAUAGGCAGUACCUGAAGGCAAUCGCGGCAGUGGAAAACGACAACUUCGUCCCAAAAGUGGAUGAAGAAAAGACGAAGUGUAACGUGCAUUACAUCUAUCAUCUGAUGCGAACAAACCAUCAGCAGCAGUUGAGUAUGAAUAAGAUGGUUAUAUUUUGUCAAGGAGACCAGAAAAAGGCUCUGCCACCUUGGCUCAUGAAUUCCCACAUUGUGGCGCCCUGGCCAGUAAGUAUUGACGAUGUAACGAACGUACUGCUUCAAGUCUUUCCUCCACAGGCCAGGCUGAUAUCAAGGGCGCUUUCAUACUCUUCAUAGACUCAAUGCCCGAAAGACAUGCGAGAAGACUGUCAGGAUGCAGUUCAGCGCAUAGGACCUACAAUACGCAAACAUCGCCAAAUAAAAUAUAAGCUAGAGAAGAGAAGUGAUUGCGUCCGUCAUUGAACAUUUCCGGAGCCAUUGCUAAAUCUCGGGUGUUCUUCUGGUACAUUUAACCAAGAAUUCUUAAAGACUUUAUGAAUUCUCAUUUGGCAUCUUUUGGCAAGCGACAAUACUUCAUUCUGACAACACUAAAAGUACACGUGCUAUGUUGUAUACAGAUUACAUGUAAAUAAUUAUAUAUAUGUAUUUAGCAUUCGGAUGGAAUGUGAAAGAAGUUCUAAAAACUGUAAAAAUCACUAUGUAAAGAUGAUUAUACAUAAUA